AUGAGUUCGGUCGCUGUGAGAUUUGCCAAGUUUAUGAGAGUCUCUAUUCCUUCCUCGCCCAACCCAACACUUGCAGUGAGUAUGCAAAGAAGCUCAAAGUUGUGGUGCUCAAGCACCUCAUCUGACAUUGGCAAUGAUGAGACAAAGAAAACUGAGGCAGAAGAAGAUUUUGACGAAAUUUUGGGUGAGAAGAAAGAUUCGCAUUUUCAAGCCCAAAGUGUGGAUCCCAGGAGGGGCUGGGGAUUUCGCGGUGUGCACAAGGCAAUUAUCUGUGGUAAAGUUGGGCAAGCCCCUGUGCAGAAGAUCUUGAGGAAUGGCCGGACUGUAACCAUCUUCACAGUUGGGACGGGGGGUAUGUUUGACCAAAGAAUAGGGGGUGCAAAGGACUUGCCAAAACCUGCUCAAUGGCAUCGAAUUGCUGUGCAUAAUGAAGCACUUGGGGCUUAUGCGGUUAAACAACUUUUUAAGAAUUCAUCAAUUUAUGUGGAGGGUGACAUUGAAACCAGAGUUUACAAUGACAGCAUCAAUGGUGAAGUUAAGAAUAUUCCAGAGAUAUGUGUUCGUUACGAUGGGAAGAUUCGUCUUAUAAAGACUGGAGAAAGCAUCAGCAGUAUAUCCUUGGAUGAUCUGCUAAUGUACUCCCUUGCUAUCCCAAUUGUGAGACUUCCAUACGAAACUAACAUUACAUGCAAUACCAUCGUUACCUCUGUGCUGCACGAAGAGAAGAAUUGGUUUAGCAAACAGUUGAUUGGCACAUCAUGGAAAACACUCAGCCUUGGAAAGGAAGAGUAG